GCUCCAGCGACCCGCGGGCGUGUGGGGGUCUGUGGCCCCCGGCGUCCCAGUGGCCGCCGCCGUCGCUCGGUCGCCGUCAGCGUGCGGGAGGCGGGUAAUGGCGGCGGCCGCGGCGGGCGCUGUGAAUGAAUUCUCCGGGUGGACGAGGGAAGAAGAAAGGCUCCGGCGGCCCGAGCAGCCCGGCGCCUCCCAGGCCUCCGCCCCCCUGCUUGGCCCCCGGCCGUCCCGCCCCCGGGCCGGCCCCGGCGCCGGCGUCGCCGCCUAAGCGGAACCUGCGCUCCUUCUCCUCCCCGCUGCUGCUCGGCCUCGCGCUGCUGCGGCUGGUCGCGCUGCACCUGGGGCUCCUCUGCGUGUGGCUCUGCCAGCGCCUCUCCCGCGCCCUCAUGGCCGCCAAGAGGAGCUCCCGGGCCGCCCCGGCGCCCGCCGCGGCCUCGCCCCCGUCGCCGGUGCCGGGCGGGGAGGCCGAGAGCGUCCGAGCCUUCCACAAACAGGCCUUCGAGUACAUCUCCAUUGCUCUGCGCAUCGAUGAGGACGAGAAAGCAGGACAAAAAGAGCAAGCUGUGGAAUGGUAUAAGAAAGGUAUUGAAGAACUAGAAAAAGGAAUAGCUGUCAUAGUUACAGGACAAGGUGAACAGUGUGAAAGAGCUAGACGCCUUCAAGCUAAAAUGAUGACUAACUUGAUUAUGGCCAAGGAUCGUUUACAACUUCUAGAGAAGCUGCAACCAGUUUUGCAAUUCUCCAAGUCACAAAUGGAUGUCUAUAAUGACAGUACUAACCUGACAUGCCGCAAUGGACAUCUCCAGUCAGAAAGUGGAGCUGUUCCGAAAAGAAAAGACCCCUUAACGCAUACAAGUAAUUCACUGCCUCGUUCAAAAACAGUUACGAAAACUGGAUCCACAGGUCUUUCAGGCCACCACAGAGCACCUAGUUGCAGUGGUCUAUCCAUGGUUUCUGGAGUAAGACAGGGACCUGGUUCUGUACCUGCCACUCAUAAGAGUACUCCAAAAACAAAUAGAACAAAUAAACCUUCUACUCCUACAACUGCUGCUCGUAAAAAGAAAGACUUAAAGAAUUUCAGGAAUGUGGACAGCAAUCUUGCUAACCUUAUAAUGAAUGAAAUUGUGGACAGUGGAACAGCUGUUAAAUUUGAUGACAUAGCUGGUCAAGAGUUGGCAAAACAAGCAUUGCAGGAAAUUGUUAUUCUUCCUUCUCUGAGACCUGAGUUGUUCACAGGGCUUCGAGCUCCUGCUAGAGGAUUGUUACUCUUUGGUCCACCUGGAAAUGGGAAAACAAUGCUGGCUAAAGCAGUAGCUGCAGAAUCAAAUGCAACCUUCUUUAAUAUAAGUGCUGCAAGUUUAACUUCAAAAUAUGUGGGAGAAGGAGAGAAACUGGUGAGAGCUCUUUUUGCUGUGGCUCGAGAACUUCAACCUUCUAUAAUUUUUAUAGAUGAAGUUGAUAGCCUUUUGUGUGAAAGAAGAGAAGGUGAACACGAUGCUAGUAGACGUCUGAAAACUGAGUUUCUAAUAGAAUUUGAUGGUGUACAGUCGGCUGGAGAUGACAGAGUGCUUGUAAUGGGUGCAACUAAUAGGCCACAAGAGCUUGAUGAGGCUGUUCUCAGGCGUUUCAUCAAGCGAGUAUAUGUGUCUUUGCCAAAUGAGGAGACAAGACUACUCUUACUUAAAAAUUUGUUGUGUAAACAAGGAAACCCACUGACCCAAAAAGAACUAGCACAGCUUGCUAGAAUGACUGAUGGAUACUCAGGAAGUGAUCUAACAGCUUUGGCAAAAGAUGCAGCUCUGGGUCCUAUCCGAGAACUGAAACCGGAACAAGUGAAGAAUAUGUCUGCCAGUGAGAUGAGAAAUAUUCGAUUAGCUGACUUCACUGAAUCCUUGAAAAAGAUAAAACGCAGUGUGAGCCCUCAAACUUUAGAAGCAUACAUACGUUGGAACAAGGACUUUGGAGAUACUACUGUUUAAGAAAAUGCCUUUGUAAGCCUGAAGAACAUUUUGCUUUCCAAAAGAACACCAUCUUCAAAGAAUAGUUAUCAGCCACAGAAUCCAGCCUAAGUUUACAGGACUUCUCAGAGUCUUCAAUAUUUGUGCACCCCAAAAGAUGAACCAGAAAAAAAAUUUUGAAUAAAAAUAUAAUGCAAAUGGAAUAUCUUGUAUUUAAAGGCUUCUUGCCUUGAUGAUCAUGAUUACCCCAAUGGGCACUGGUAGAGUACAUCAAAAAUUAUUUCUGGUCGUCUUUACCAAUAUAAUCAUAAUGUAAAUAAUAAUCUGUAUAUUGUGUUGGCAGAUGAACGUAUUCAGAGACAGUAAACGGUAGAAGACACAAGAGCCUUUGGUUGUUUGUCUUCUCAUGUCUUAAGUAGUAACUUUUCUUUGCUUCCUUUCCUACUGUUCUCUUUCCUACAGGUGAUUGAAAUGCCAAACACUGUUCAGUUUGUUUUUUUCCUUUCUUUUUACAAAUUCAGUGUGCCAAAUGAAACUUUUUUUCUAUGUAACAGUAAUAUCAAAAGGUAUUUGAGGGUUUUUUUCUUCAUAAACCUACAGAUUUUAAAUAGUUAUGUUCUUUUUAUUUUCUAUUUUUCUAUUACUUUACUGCCAAACAAUUUAGAAAGCAAUAUGAUGGCUACAAAACUACUAGUAAAAUAGAAGAUUUGAGUUCCUGUGUCAUACAAUAUGUCGAUCAAUCCUCUUGUGACCUGCAGUAUAUUUUUUUUUCUAAUAUAUUUGUCUAUUGUAGACUGUUAACUUAUUCCUAGUGGAAUUUAUUUUGGACUAGAAUUACUUUGAUAUUUAAUAAAGACAGCUUUAAAUGCUGUAAAAGUGGUUCCAUUGCAAGAGAAGGGAAGUACUGGGAGCUAAGAUGUUUCUAAUUUAUUGCUUAUUACUUUCUUACUGUUUACAGGAUAAUUAUAAGCCAGUGAAACUACCAUCUUUUAUUCUCAAUAAUUAUUAAUCCCUUCAAAUGAAACUUUAAAAUUACUGUUUUUAUACAUUGCAUAUUUUAUAGGUUUUUUUGUGCUCACUUUGUUAACUAAAAAGGUUUAGUCUAUUAAUCUUCCUUUUGUUCCCCCAAAAUGUACAGUAAUUCUGUUUCUUGUUUGUGAAACUAUGCCUGGGUUUUUAUUGUAAAAAUGUCAUUGUAGGAAGUAGAGAUGCAUAUCAUGGCCUUUUAAAUAUUGUAAUAAAGGCAAAUAGAUAUUUGCCCUUAGUUUACUGGUUAAAAGUUUGUUUACAGAAAUUUUCUUUGGUGCUGAAAUGAUGUCAUAUAAAAUAUCACAUGUGGAAGGAAUAAUUUUAUAAUACUAACAAAAAUUUUUCAUUUAGGAAAAAUAUCUUUAAUUUUUGAGAGGAUCCAUUAAAAUUAAAAGCUUGGCCCUAGUACAUAAGAAUUUUAAAUGAAAACCUUCUUCUUAAUUUUAUUCUUGCCCUUGUUAGUGAUUUAUCUAAAUAGAGAAAAUAAUACUUCUUAAAUCAUAAGUUGCUUGUAUUUAUAAAUUAAGUCAUGCAUCUUCUAAUCAUGAUUUUAGAACUCCCUGGAAAAUGAAAAAUGAACAGUAAGAUAAACAGAAAAAAUAAAUUUUGAGCCAGAACCUUGCAUAUUUUGGGUCAUAGGUAGUAUAUUUUUAAAUUCUCAAAGCAUCAAAUAAAAUGUUUAAUUAAAAUGAUGGUGGCAGAUAAACAUGAUGACAAGAAUCAGAAACAUACCAAAUUAAAACAUUUUUUAAUAAACCUCAAAUUUAUGUUUUUUGUAUUUUCAUUUAGGAAAGCAUUGUCAUGGUUAAUACUUGCAUAAGUAAUCAGUUGUAUUAAAAUUCUGUGUACUUCAAGCUCAACUUUUAAAAUAACUUUAAAAUCAUUUUAUCAGCAGUAACUCAUCAUAAUUUAAUUAUGCAGUAAUUUAGAAGCUCACUAUUUUUGGGAAAGAUAUUAAAGCUCUUAAAAUCUUAAGAUUUUAAUCUUUAGAUUAAGAUCACAAAUAUCUUAAAUGUUAAAAGAUACAAAAAAAGUUAAUGUUAUAAGCGUAAGUCAAGGAAUUAUAUUACUAUUUGAAAUAUUCAUUAUGUAUAGAAGUUAUUUUCAUGAUUAAGUCUGAAGUUAAGCUUGGUUCUGAAGAACUAUUUUCUAUGACUUACUAUGAUCAGGUUUUAUUUUAAGCUGUUUUUUUCAAGAAUGACCAUGAAAAUAGGAUAGUUAUAGUAAGUGGGAUCUGGUCUUUUUAAAUAAAGAUAGAAGUUGCGAGGUUUUCCAAAUUAAUGUUAGACAUAGAUUGUGACCUUUUAGAUUUUGUUGAGCUCUGUGUCUUAUUCUUAAAAGGUAAUGCUUACACAUUGAAACGUUAGUGUGUUCCUUGUGCUAAAUGGCAGAGUUUUGUAAACUAAAUUAAAACUUAAUCAAUGUACUGGACUUUGAGCCAAGGGAAAGAAUCAGUACUCUCUCUCCAGAUAACUUCAGAGCUUAUUCUAACAGUCUGCUCAUUGGGAUUAUUCAAUUUCUGACUUGCAAAAAUACACUUUGGGAAGAAUUGGAGGUAAAACAGACACUACAAUUCUAAUUUAAGUAAAUAUAUAGUAGCCUUUGUUUAUAGUGUAAAAUUCUUUAUAUUUUAUACAAAAACAUUCUUUUGGUAGAAAGAACCAUUUACAGUUUUGGGACUCUGAGUCAAAGGAUUUUCCUUUAAAUGCUUGUCUCAAUUUUAAUCUGGUCUUUUGUACUUUUCUUCAGAAGAAAUGAAUUAAAAGAUUCAGCUGCAUGAAGUGGGUUUUUAUCGUAAUGGAUUGAAAAUAAAUGAUAAACUUAU